UAAAUGAUAUCUGACACAGCACACAUUUAAAAGUAUUAACUGUGUUUUUAUUAACAUUUAUGUAUUAAGCUAAAUCUGGGACGGAGGAAAAAUGACAUUUUUUGUGUUAAAUCUAAGAAAAUAUAGUAGUACUUCGAUAAUUGUCGCAGGCACUUGGUGUAAACAAAAUACAUUUUUAAAACUAUAUUCUAGUCUAGUAAGUCUUCUUAAGCAACUAAACUUCCUUCCUUAUUCUGGUUUAGCUGCUAAAAACACCCAUUUAGUAUUCUGAGCAUCUAAAAAGGCUAAGCGUUACUUCCUCGUCUAAUCAGAUACCAGUUGCUCAAACAACGACUGAGAGCAGCGCUUUUCUGUCCUAAAAUAAUCUGACACGCAUUUUGUGGUUUGAUUUAACAUUGGACAGCAGAUCGAUUGGGAAUCAGUUUGCUGUUUCUGUAAAAUUCAGAUUCAAGCAAAGAAACGUUUCACAGUGCUGAUUGCUAUAAAAAUGACGUCACUCCUUAUAUUUUGGACUCUUGUCUUGUUGCCGGUUAUUGACAGCUCAGACGUCAUUCGGGUCAAUGUGACUAUGUUCUGCUCUGGGAGAGUCGAGGUUUAUCAUGGUGGCGAUGUGGGGACGGUGUGUGAUGAUCACUGGGACAUGAGCGAUGCCCAGGUUGUGUGCAGAGAGCUGGGCUGUGGAGACGCUGUAUCUGCUCCAGGAAAUGCAGCGUUUGGAAGAGGGACUGGUCUUAUCUUGGUGUACAAUUCAACAUGCACAGGGUCUGAGUCCUCUCUCAUGCAGUGUGUAACUCCGAGGCUCCAAACAGAUCAAUGCACCCAUGCAGAGGAUGCUGGAGUUGUUUGUUCAGAUUCCUCAAUGAAACCUAACCUAACAGUGAAUCUUGUGAAAUCGGGUGAACUGUCUCUUCAGUGCCAGUGGUCCGGUGAAAUGCGAAGCAAAGACAGCUAUGCACUGUAUAAAAAUAAAAUGAGAGUGGAUAGGAGACCCAAGGACACAUUUUACAUCAAAACAGAGACAAGCAAUAGCGGGAACUACACGUGCUCGGUCCGCAAAAGAGGACGGUCUUCAAAUACCAGCGACUCUCAGCAAGUCACAAUAAUAGCUCCUCCCACUCUGUCUGUGAACAGCUCUGUGUCUGGGAGAGGAGCGGAUGUGACUCUACAGUGCAGCCUCAGCAGCUCCUAUCAGAGCCCUGGCUCGUUUAUUCUUUACCGGGACCGCCAGGCGGUGCUGGAGCAGGACGUGCCGGGAGGAGACCAGAGCUGCACCUUCAACCUCACCCGCACCACCACACACGGACAGCAGGGGGAGUACUCGUGCCGCUAUUGCACACAGUCCCCGACCGGAUGGGUGUUCACAGAACUAUCUGCACCUGUGAACAUACCUGCACAUGACCUCUCCAGCUCCACUUUCUCCACGAUUUACACUGGAUUCCUUGUCUGUGGUUUGAUUGGAAUGAUCACGGCUGUGCUCGUGACAGAAGUGACGUCAAGGCGUAGAGGGGAUUCUAGCAAAAGCGAUGGUGUGGAUCUCAGUGUGGUUUGCUCAUAAUCCAGCUCGUCGUUUGUUUUGCUUUACCUAACUGUCCCUCAUACUGGCAAACAGCAGCUUUAGUGUUUUAGUUUCAUAAUACAAAUCUCCCCUAGUAAAAGCACAGCAAAGUGUAUUAAAGCAUAAAACGUGGUAAAGCAUAGGGAAGCAUUGUAAAGCACAGAGAGGUCUGGUAAAGCAUAGGGAAGCAUUGUAAAGCACAGAGAGGUCUGGUAAAGCACAGGGAAGCAUUGUAAAGCACAGAGAGGUCUGGUAAAGCAUAGGGAAGCAUUGUAAAGCACAGAGAGGUGUGGUAAAGCAUAGGGAAGCAUUGUAAAGCACAGAGAGGUCUGGUAAAGCAUAGGGAAGCAUUGUAAAGCACAGAGUGGUCUGGUAAAGCAUAGGGAAGCAUUGUAAAGCACAGAGAGGUCUGGUAAAGCAUAGCGAAGCAUUGUAAAGCACAGAGUGGUCUGGUAAAGCAUAGGGAAGCAUUGUAAAGCACAGAGAGGUCUGGUAAAGCAUAGCGAAGCAUUGUAAAGCACAGAGAGGUCUGGUAAAGCAUAGGGAAGCAUUGUAAAGCACAGAGAGGUGUGGUAAAGCAUAGCGAAGCAUUGUAAAGCACAGAGAGGUCUGGUAAAGCAUAUUAAAAAACAAACCAUGGUAAACUAACCCUUAUAAAAGUUUGCCAUAGUAAAAGCACAGCAAAGUGCAAUAAAGCAUAAAACGUGGUAAAAAAUAGGCAAGCAUUGUAAAGCAUUGUGUGAGGUCUCUUGCUUUUUAAUAUACCGUUCUCUGCUUAUAAUUCUGACUCUUUCUUCAUAUACCAAACUGGAUUGCACAGUCAAGUAUUGCUGCCAAAAAAUAGAUAAUAGACCUCUUGCCAACUUUUAUACAGACCAAAACCUGGAGAUAUACUUAUAAUAGGAUUCCUACAAAGCCCUCAGAGAUAUCCGCUGGGGACCCCCAAUCUCCGAACCUCAGGGGUUACAGCUUAGCCAUGCUGUGGAAGUGUUUGUAUCAGAGAUACCCCCCUGUGCAUCACUGCGGUGAAGCAGAAGUGAGCACCCACAUCGCUGCGUUUCUCAGCCAGGCCAAGGAGCUGCUCGCCUGAGCUGAUCACAAACACCCUCCCCUGGGACAAUACCUCGCUAUGUACAAUCCCAACCCCCGAAAAUCACCAAGGACGCCCCAAGAAACCCAGAAAGACAGAUGAAGGUGGUGAGAUCGAGCCAGGCUUUCCAUUCAGCAGGAAUUCUAUAAUGAAAUGUUUUUUAAUCAUUAUUAUUAUUAUUUGUCCUGUCACUGUUGAUGCAAAAUAGUGGUCCUAUUGAACAAGAAUGUGAAUUUUGUAUUGAUUUUUGUAAUGGCAGGGUAAUAUAUAGGCUUUUAACAUGACAGAUAAACAUGUGCUCUUGCAAUAUUAAAAUAAAAAAAAUAAAAAUAAAUAAAGUAUAGAAUAUAUUAUACAUAUUUCAGAGGCGAGAUCAGCCAAUCUUUAUACUAGUGCGCGGCAGCGCCAUCUAGUGCACAAUUAGUGUAUUACCAGCAAAAACAGAAGGAAACUUGAUUGCUUCCAAGUGGCAGAUCACUAGACGCGCUUCUAAGGUUGGGCUGAUCUAGGCUGAACGAAUCAAAUCAUAGAAAAAACAGUAUUUGAGGCAUUGUAAUUACAUCUGAAGCUAAUUGUAAUCCAUGUAAUCCAUCUGUCCAACUUUAAAUAAUUUCUGCGCCAUGCAAUUCCAUCAAUGUACACCAGAUGGCGCCUUUUCACAUUUUCCCUUUUCUGUGACUGAAUUUUAAUUUAGUUUAUGUAUCGUGCAUAUUCAUAACGAUGUAUUACAUUCUGUUUGUGCUUUAUAUAUGCUUAAAAAUAUUUUGAAUUAUUAUUAUUAUUAUUAUUAUUAUUGGUAUUACGACUAUAAAAACGGAAUGCGUUUAUGAUUGUGCUUCCUAAAAACUAAAUAGCUGCUGUCUACUUAUUCGUCUAUGGCACUAGAAAAUGUAAAUAUACCUUAUUAAAAAAACUACU